GAUACAAGAACAAAAGGUGUACAGACAAAAAAAAACUACUUUAUUACAUACAAGAAAAUAUUUCUGUGAAAUUAAAUUAAUCAAUUAAUAAAUAAAUAUUUGUGAAACUAUAGCAAGUGUUAGUGAACAGAUAAACACAUGAAUAACAUAAUAAUGAUGAAAUUUAUGAAAAUAUCUUAAAAGGCAAAACAAAAAAAGCCAGUGCUAAAUAUAUUUUUGACAGACACAAGAAGAAGAUAUUCUAACAAGAAUGAAUAUCUGAAGCUGAAAAACAAACAAGCAAACUAUAAACAAAAUAACUCAAAUUAAAAACAAAUAAAGACACACCAAAAUAACUAAUUAAACACACACAAAAAUAAGAAAAGAAAUAUAAACAAUAUUAACAUUUAAUAAUAAAAAAGAAAAAGAAUAAUAGACUAUAAAAAAAUCCAUUAAAUAAAGUAACUUUGAAGUACAUUUACUAUUUACACAUACACACAAUUGCAGGUUUUCGUGCAAAAUUGUGAAUUUUUCCAUUAAACACUAAAAUACCCCCUAUAAGAGAGAGUCAGAGAGUUACACCCUCUCGCUUUCUCUCUCUCUCUCUUGCUGUAGUAUAUUUUGUUUGCAAUUCUUUUAGCUAUUAAAUAAAUGUUAUUAGAAAACUAAUUAAUUGAUACCAACAAAAAACAACAAAAAAAAAAAAACACUUAAAAAUGGAUGAUGGUGAAUUUAAUUUAUCGAAUACUAUCGGUAUCGGUUUAAAUAUUGGGGAACAAAUGCUAUUGCCGGUUUCCAAUGGUGAAGAAGAAGCACAAAUUGCAUUACAGCAACAACAUCAUCAUCAACAACAACACCUUCAUGAACAGCAACAACAACAACAGCACCAUCAACAUCAUCAACAAGCUCAUUAUGUCUCUAAUCUGAAUAUAGAGCAUCAAUCCGGAGAAAAUGUCAACAAUACACCAGAGACCACAACAAAUGUCACUUGUUUGGACAAUUCAAUUGGAAAUUUUUAUCAAGAGAACACAGAUCUGGAGGAUUUAAAUGCCAAACUGGCAGAAACAACAAAAAUCCUAGAGUACACGCCAGUGGAAAAGCCUACAGAGUUACUAACAACUUUGCAAGAGGAAAAUCGUGAGAAAGCAGUUGUAGAAGAGCUAGGAAGCAUUGCAACAGAAGCUGGAGACAAGAAUAAAGUAGAUGACAAGAAAAUCAAUGAAGAGGAGGAAGACGAGACCGAAGAUAAAGAAGACAAUGAAGAUGAGGAGGAAGAUGUAGAGGAAAUAGAAGCAGAAGUUGUGGAAGGUGAGGAUGAAGAAAUUGAGGAAGUGGAUGAUGAAGAUGAAGUUGAGGAAGAAAUAAUACCCGAUGAAGUCAUAGUGCCAGAAAAUACAGAAGAUAAAAUAAAAGAAAUAAAAACUACUGAGAGCGAUAAAGAAGGUAAAGAAAAGGACGAUGAAGGCGAAGAAGAUGAUGCCGAAGAAAAUGAAGAUUCACAAAACAAUGAAGACGACGAGUCCGAACAGCCCACCAGCUCUAUACGUGCAGCGAGAAGGAAAGAGGAGCAUGUUGAUGAAAAUCAAUGUCGUGUAUGUUGUGCCACAGACAAUCUAGUGAGUAUUUUCAAAAAGGUCGAAGAACGCACAGUAGCCGAUCUAUUAAUGACCAUAUGUCCGUCGGUGUCCAUAGCUAUCAAAGACUUCCUACCACAAUACAUUUGCAAUGCCUGCUGUGACAAUGUGGUCAUUGCCAUUAAACUCAAAACCCAGUGUGAAACUACCGAAAAGGAACUGCGAAAGAAACUGUCGCGUCAUAAGAAUAAAAUUAGAAGGCCAGUGGGUUAUGUGGUAAUCGAUGCUCCACUCGAUUCCGAUCCGCCCACGGAUGAUGAGCAAGCCAAUGAUGAAGAAUUCAAAGUGUCUGAUAUAGCGAGUGCCACACCUAGUGAAGACUCGGAUACCUCCGAUUUUAGCGACAGUAAAAAGAAGAGAACACGUAGCCGCAAGCGACGUAAAUCGGCUGUGGUUACACCCACGGAUGGUAAAAGAUCCAAAACUAAAAGCAAAUCCGAUGACCAGUCAUCCGACGAGGAUAACGACGAUGGUGAUCCUAUAAAACAAAAACGCAAACGUUCUAGCAACUCUUCGCCCGAGAAUUUCGCCUGCAACGAAUGUGGCCAAACCUUCUCGCGCAAGCAAUCAUUGGUCCUACACAAAAGACAGCAUGUUUAUGAUCGGGGCGAACCCAUUAAAUGUGAGGUAUGCGGCAAAAAGUUUAAAAUCAAAGGAGCCUAUCGCACACAUCUGGAGAAACACCGGGAAGAGAGGCGAGCCAAUAAAUGCACCCAGUGUUCUCGACGUUUCGGCAACAGCAGCGAUCUUAAACGCCACAUAGCCGAGGAGCACAAGGAGAAGUCUAUAUUGCCUACUUGCUCGAAAUGUAAUCGAACUUUUUCCUCUGCCGGCCGUUUGCAGCGUCAUAAGCAGAAUGUUUGUUCGGUCUCUGACUCCAGUAAAUUUAAAAAAUCCGAAACUCAUGCAUUUGCUGUGGGUACAGAUCUGUUUAAGGCGGUAGCCCCACUACAGUCCACCUAUUGGAGUGAUAGUUUCUCAGAUUAAGCUGCAACUGAAGUCAAAAUGAGUUGUUACACUACAUUUCAGAUAUAUUUUGGUUUUACAAACGAAUAAUGAUGAGGUUUUUUUAUUUAAUGAAAACUACAAUUAAUUUAAGUUUACAGUAUUGGCUUUAGUAAUAAGAAGGCUUUUGCGAAAUAAAAAUAAAAAAUAAAUAAAUUUAAGAUUUUUGAGUGCAACA